AUGACAAGACCACGACACCCAGGAAGAGAAGGCCACAUCUCGGAAGUUAGCGCCAAUGAAAGGUCCGCAGCCAGAUUGGCUCGGACCGAGAUCAACACACCCCGUGGAUAUCAAAAUCAAGGGCAGACCCCGGAAGGGGAAUCAAGCCGUCAAACACCGCUCGAUGAGGCGCAAUCGCUCUUUGCGGGGGUCUUUGCUGAACAUUCACAAAACUCCAACGCAGCAGCAGGGAUAAGCCCUGUGAAUUCUCGACAGACAGAUGACGCGAGAAAUUUGUUCAGGAGAGAGCUGGACGCCAAUUCGAAUCUGCCCCGUGACAGGCGCCAAAUACUAGACUCUGCUCUAUAUCUGGUGACAAAAUAUACAAAUGCUUCAUAUCAAAUUGAGAAUCCGAUACAAGAGCUCUGUACUGGAGGUAUUGAGUCCUCGCCUGAUGAACCUAACCCAGAGCUAUAUUACAUGAUGCUAAAUGAUCACAUCAGCAAAAAAACCCUGGAAAGGUUCUGCUUGGCACUUGUUCGAAACACCGUAACAGGUCAAAAGAAGUGGCAAUUUAAGCUAUGCGUUCUUGUCAAAGCAAUCCUUCACUAUGCUGCAGCGGGUCUUCGAUGCCUGGAGAAGAUCGAUAUGAUGACCUCUCCUAAUUUGUUGAUGCUACAGUCUUUAUUAUCCGGGGCUGUUCUUGUCCAAUUACUCGGCGACUCGGCUCGUGCCUGGAUGUUGACCGCAUUUGCCUCCAGAGUUCUCGUUUGCUUGGGAUACCAUACGUUGUCUCUUGAAAUGCUAGGAAACGAUGAUAUAUCAAUUGAUGUUCGCCAUUGCAUAUAUUGGUGCUACUACCUUGAUAAAACUCUUAGUACAGUCCUCCUCAGACCAUCAUCUCUACCAGAAUUGUGUCUUGAACCUGCGAAGCUGGUCCCUACUAGCCCUUCAGAGCCCCUGUCAAUGGAGGUCAAGAUCCUAGUUGAGCUUGCCGGAGUCCAGGAUGUGUCUCUUGUACUCCUGCUUGGGGGCAAUAAACUGGAAAAGUCUGGGAUACCAGAAUUGAUUCGGUCUCUGCAAGAUCGAAUGCGGGCAAUAGGACAUGAAAUAUCUGAGGCUCGAGACGCUUGGAGCAAUGCACCUGAGCUAUCCAUUGAGAUGGAUGCUCUGGAAUUCACCUACAACUCUAUACUCACCACGGUCCUGCGCUUGGGUUCGACAAUGUUGCACGAUGUAAGGAUGCGGGAAGAAUGCCUGCACAACGCACGGAAAUCCAUCAUCUCCAUGAGGUCGCUACAAACGAAAGUCUCCGUCGCAAAUGAGCUUUCUCUCGAUGUCAUAUUCUGGACGGCACUGUUGAACCCCCUUACACCAUUUUUUGUGGUUUUUUGCAAUGUGGUAGCUACCUCUAACCUUCAAGACCUCCAGCUUCUGCGACAGAUAACGGCAAACCUGUCACGAAUUAAAGAGCGAAACCCUUUCCUUGCGAAUCUGCACAAGUUUCUGCUUCAGUUUGUCAGCCUUUGUGCAGAGUUAGAUGUUGCUGAGGUUCCAGAGACUUCGCUGAGUUGUCAAUUGCCAAACGAAGCUUCAACAUCUGCUGGGACUAUGGAUCAUGACCAAGUUCUCAGGCCUACGGCUGAAUUGCGUACCCCAAUCUCGGAUCAAGCUGAAAGAGUACCUGCUCAGACAGCGAUAACUUGGGGGGGCAAGGGACUAGAAACAGCCGUUCACUCCCGACCUGCCUCUCAACCACAUGGAUUGGCCAUUGGAGGACCAGCGCUUGAGCUGCGACUAGAUCCUAAUUCUAUGUGGGACGAUAGUCUCAUGUGGGAUUUAUUCAACACACAGCCUUCGAUUGAGUGGUGUGACAUGAACUUCCCAGGUGAAUUCAUGGGUUCCUAG